AUGAGUCCAAAUUUAUCGGCACCACCGUUGCCACGUAAAGCGGGGUCUAAUUCACAAUACCCGGGAUCCAAAAAUCACGAGGACGAUAAAAUCCCACCUGAUCUACCACCGAAGAACUUCAAUUAUCAUCUUAGCCCCUCGGGACCUCCGAAGAAACCCCAAGAAGAGGUCACUGAUACCCAGCGUGCCAACGUCGUUGCCGAGCUUAUCGAGAAUGAAAAACGAUUCAAAACCCACAUGACAUGCAUUAAUAAUGUCUUGACGAAGGGACUCGUUCCUGUUCCAAUUGCCCCAGAAGACCUGCAAGCAGUACUACUGAAUAUAAGUGACUAUAUUAAUGUGUCUGCAGAAAUGAUUAAGGCCUAUGAACGUGCUGUGGAUGAGGCCCCAAAUAGGAACCUUGCCUUGGCUUGCGUAGGCAAACACCUACUCCCAACGAUUCCGGCAUUCCAUAAAGAAAUUGUCGCCUACAUUAAGGACUACGACCCGAAAAUUAUACAACAUAGACCACAUUUGGCAGAGUUCUUUGACAAGGCGGCCGCAGUUCUCCAGAAGGAGGACGGAUCAGCAGCAGUCCUCACUGAUCGUUUGCUAACACCGUUUCAGAGGCCAUUCAACGUUUUAAACAUACUGGGCCGACUAAAGAAGUACACCCCUGAAACCCACCCUGACUGUGUCAGCGUCAAAUGCGCCAUCAAUGGUGUUCGCGCGGCCUGCGACGAUGCCGAAAGAGCCAAAAAAGAAGACAACGAAUAUUCAAUUCGUGAGGAUGUGAUAGUACAACCGGACAACACAAAUACCCAGAAGAGCACUGACUUCACCAUAGAAAAUACCCGUUUAACGUACUACCGAAAGAAGGGAGCAGCUCUCAGCACACUCAUCGACGACCUGUCGAAGUGGAUUGAAUCAAGAAGGGAGGCCCUGAAGUUGUUUGUGGAGAAUCGCCGAAGUCUUAUAAAAAAGGUCCAGCUAACCUUGAAAACACUGGAUUCACUUGAAGGCGUUUACAUCGACGAGGACCUCAACGCGGGCAAAGCUGGUCUCAUUAGAUCCAAAUAUUCACCAGAAAAGUUCGAUAAAGCCUGUUCAGACGUCUUAGAUCGACUGAAGACGUUGAACCAAGCACUAAAAAGGCUAAAAGCUCAAUUGAAAAAGUUGAAGAACAAUGCCAUGGAUAUUGCAAAGCAAUGUAAGGGGAAAGCCCCCAUCUCCGGCAUUCAAUCCACAUUGACGGAGUAUCGGUCGAAGGAGAGAUUGGCAAUUACUCGAACCGAGUUCAUGUUAAACCGGUCCGAGAAGGUGCUAAACACCCUCUUGUUCUACUACUUAUUUCAAGUACAAGUGUUCCUUGCCUACGCAGCGAUCAACCCAACCAACCUCGUCCAACGUUAUGUCAAGGACGUGCCUCGACUGAGCUCAUCAGAGGUCAACGCGCAAAUCGCUGCUGACGUGCGGGAAUAUCUGUCGAGGAUCCAGAGACGAGAUUCAGGGGGCGGCGACGUGUACGAUCGGCCUCGUAACACUUACGAAAGGCCUGAAGCGCAGCAUCAACCCUCCGUGGACCACGUCGAUCGGAUCAGUCUAGCUGAGGUGCUCCACGCCUACACCGACCAACAAACAACCACCCGCCUACUUCCAGGAACCAUCUUGGUCGUUAUUCAGUGGGCUGACGGCAGGGGAAACAGGGAUUGGGCAUUUGUACGCACCAGUGCUGGUGAAAAGUUCUUUUACCCCUCGCGAUACCUCAAAUGCUUGUAUUAA